CUUUUUGUAAUUUCAUUUAUGGAUUUCUUUGGCACUAUUGCACUAUCUCAACUGUUUUAUCCACCUCCUGAACUAUUGGAGAAACUUCGACCAGUACAUGAUGUUUGUGUUGCUAAAACUGGUGUAACUGACGAGGCAAUUAAAAAGUUCAGCGAUGAGGAAAUACACGAGGACGAACUGCUCAAGUGUUACAUGUAUUGUAUAUUCGAUGAAAUGGAUGUGCUGCAUGACGACGGUGAGGUGCACCUCGAAAAGGUAUUGGAUUUGAUGCCCGACUCUAUGCAUGACCUAGCAAUAAAUAUGGGCAAAAAGUGUCUUUAUCCGAAGGGUGAUACCACCUGUGAGAGGGCUUUUUGGUUGCAUAGCUGCUGGAAAAAAGCAGAUCCCGUGCACUACUUUUUGGUUUAACUCCGUAU